CGGAGGCAGGGGUCGCAUGCGCGGUGCCGGCCGGACGGGUGAAAGGCGGGAUCGCAUGCGCGGUGCCGGCUGGAGGAAGGGGUCGCAUGCGCGCUGACGGCCGGCGAGAGAGAGAGAGAGAGAGGUUUGAGCGACCGCCGCUGCCGCCGCCAUCGGAGCUGGAGGAGGGAAGAGGGUGAGCCGAUCAGACCUCUCGGGACCUUGUUAUCCACUCCGACCACACAACAUCCGAACGCUUUGUAGUCACCGGGCACCGUAACCGACCCGUGGUCCAGGCCCCAUUUCCCGUCUCUGCGAAGCCCUUGGUGAGAUGGUCACGUGAUUUCUUGGAAAGCCUGUGACUGAGGCGAGUCUAUAAAGGGAGAGGGCGGGAGUCUGGAGGUGGUUUUUAAACAGCUCGAGCGAGCCGGGCAAGGCUCUAACAUUCUCCUGGAGAGAAAGCAGCUCCUCCUCGACCCACCCCAGCUGCUGCUGGACCGAGAUCGGGGGAAAUGAUGACUGGCGUACCGAGCAGCACUCCCAAGCUGAAGCAAUGGAUGAUCCAGCAGGUGGACAGCGAGAAGUACCCGGGCCUGGUCUGGGAGGACCGCAAGCUGGGAAUGUUCCGGAUCCCCUGGAAACACGCCAACCAUCAGGACUACAGGCACGACAAGGAUGCCGCCAUCUUCGAGGCAUGGGCCAAGUUCAAGGGGGCGUACAAAGACAGGCACAGGUUGAACCCGAGGACGUGGAAAUCCCGGCUGCGCUGCGCUCUCCACAAGAGCAGUGAUUUCCAGGAGGUGCCCCACCGCUCGCAGCUCAACACCUUCGAGCCCUACAAAGUCUACCAGAUCGUCGAGGACAGCACCGAGAAGAAGAGCCCACCGUCGACCGUCCACCUGAUCACGGUGAAAGUGCAGGGGUGCGAGACCGUGGGAUCGAAGGACCCGCUGCACAGCUCCCCCAGCAGCCCGCUAGGAACAACGGAGAAGGCAGUAAGUGACUCUGCUGUUCCUGUUUCCCAACAGGCAGGAAGUGACGUCCCUUCAAUCGAUUCCCAGCAGAUGGGGAGUGACAGCGGCUGCGAUCCAAGUUCUGGCUGUGAAAUGUCCGCCCAGGAAGAAGGUUCCGGUGAAACCACCCCACUGGAGGGGAGCCUGACCCCCAGCACUGAAGAGAGCCUGCCCUUGGCCGGACCCCUGAGCACAGUGAAAGUGGAGGGCUUAGAGUGCGUUGGAAUGGAGAUCACACAGCCCAGCUCCCCCAGCGGAGAGCUGGGGAUGACUGAAAAGCAGGUAAAGAGUGAGGAUCCUUCAAUCGAUUCCCAGCAGAUGGAGAGUGACAGCGGCUGCGAUCCAAGUUCUGGCUGUGAAAUGUCCGCCCAGGAAGAAGGUUCCGGUGAAACCACCCCACUGGAGGGGAGCCUGACCCCCAGCACUGAAGAGAAGUCACCAUCACCCAUUCCCCUGAGCUCAGUCAAGGUGGAGAGCAGCGAGAGUGUUGGAACAGAGAGGUCGCAGCCCAGCUCCCCCAGCCCCCAGCUGGAAACGACAGAGCAGCAGGCUAACAAUGACGGUCCAGCAGUCGAUGCACAGCAGGUGGAGGGUGACUGCAGCAGCCAGCCCAGCUUUGGCCCCGAGGUGCCUGCUGUUCCCGAGGAAGGUUCCGGUGAAAGCGCCUUGCCGGAGUGGAGCUUGACCCCCAGCACAGAAGUCACAAGGCCUUAUACCACCAGCAUCGACAGCCCGGUCCCACCGAACCUGCCAGAGAAAAGCGACACUUCUCUGAUGCUCAUGAACAAUUACACCUUCAACAUCGGCAACCUGACGCCGGCAAGCCUCCCAGAGACAGCAGCCGCGAACGUUUACACCAUCAACAUCAACAGCCCGGCACCGCCGAGUCUGCCGGAGAAAGUCUUGAACAACUACACGAUCAACAUCAGCAACCCGACACCGCCCAGCCUGCUGGAGAAAGUCCCGAACAAUUACACCAUCAACAUCAACAACCCGACACCACCAAGCCUCCUGCAGCAAGCCCCGAACAAUUACACCAUCAACAUCAACAGCAGCCCGACACCACCCAGCCUCCCAGGGAAAGUCCCGAACAAUUACACCAUCAACAUCAACGACAGCCCGACACCACCCAGCCUCCCAGAGCAAGUCGUGAACAAUUACACCAUCAACAUCAACAAACCAACACUACCCAGCCUGCCAGAGAAAGAUGUGCCAAGCCCCCCCUAAUCCCGCACCGGCCUCGACGGACGACAGUCGCCAGGGGGAGGAAGCAAGAAAAUUGAGUUUGAAGCCUUCAAGAUGGCCGACGCCCUCCUUCGCUCGCACCCCAACGCCCCCCACCCCCCCCCCAAAAGCCUUUCUGGAUAGACCCGUUGCCACGACGAUGGAGACAUUUCCUCCCUCAUGAACCAGCCGGCGGGAGGAACCGUGGGGAAACGAGACUCUUUGUAUUGUUUAACCCAACCAUCUGGAAUCAGGACCUUUCGUCCCCUCCUUUUUCUCCCCUCCUCUCUCUCCCUCCGCUCCUCUCUCUCCCUCCCCUCCUCUCUCCCUCCCCUCCUCUCUCUCCCUCCGCUCCUCUCUCUCCUCCCUCCUCUCUCCUCCUCU